AAUAAUAGUCAUAUAAACUAAUUGGGGUGUUUAGAAAAAUCUGUCAAUUUUUCUUAAGAUGGUUUUGGUUUAUGAAUGAUUUCCUGUAACACAUUACCCGUUCUGAUUCUGAGCAUGAAGCAAAGUGGUUGUGCGUCAAAGAGACCAGCUAUAGUUUUCCUGCACAGCACGCACAAGUGCAAAGAAUGGUUACGGCCUUUGCUUGAGGCAUACGCCUCAAGCGGAUAUAUUGCUGUUGCUAUUGAUUCACGUUAUCAUGGUGAACGCACAUAUAGUCUAACUAUAUAUUUCCCCCCCCCCCUCCAGGUUGCAUUGCACAUUGAGUACCACCACAAUAUGUUGACAUCACACCAGAAAGGGAACCCAAAGGAAGUAAUUGUUGGAUGGUAUUCAACCGGAUUUGGUGUUACGAGAGGUUCUGCUUUGAUCCAUGAAUUCUACUCUAGAGAGGUUGCAAAUCCUUUCCAUGUACCAGUGGACACUACAUUCAGAAAUGGAGAGGCAACCAUAAAAGCCUUUGUCUCUGUUAAUUUAUCUCUUGGAGACCAGUCACUUGCUGCUCAAUUUCAAAAAAUUCCUGCAGAACUUCGAAUGUCAAAAGCAGAGAGGGCUGAAUGUAGGCACUUAACCCUAGUUAGAUUGUUGCAUCUACAUGGGUCUUAUCAACUUGAUCAACUCAUCAUGUGUGAGGUAGGACUUUGGUCUGUUGCUCUUCUCUAA